AUGUUGGCAUACGGUCUACCAGCUGAUGCUAUGGACGAAUACGUUAAAAUAGGUGAGUCAACAGCAAUUGAAAGUAUGAUAAAAUUUUAUCGUGUUAUGGUGGAAAUAUUUGCAGAGCGGUAUCUACGAACACCUAACGCUAACGAUAUUGCUAGGCUACUCUAUAUUCGUAAAAAACGUGGUUUUCCAGGAAUGUUUGGAAGUCUUGAUUGUAUGCAUUGGAAAUGGAAAAAUUGUCCAACGGCAUGGUCUGGGCAAUACGCAGGACGUGGUGGGUCACCAACUAUUAUCCUUGAAGCUGUGGCAGAUUAUGAUCUUUGGAUAUGA